AUGAUCUGUAUACUAUAUUUACAGUGUGCACUUCCAGUCUUCGAGGGCUUGCUGCCAGGUAAUGAUAAUACCAUGGUUUUGGACCUUCUAUUUAACCUGGCAGCUUGGCAUGGCAUUGCAAAGUUGCAAAUACAUACCAAGGACACCCUUAGUUUUUUUGACGCUGCUACAGUUAUUCUGGGGCAGACAGUGCGCAAAUUUUCUCAUACUACUUGUAAGGCUUACCAUAUGACAGAACUACCCCACAAGUAUACAAUGUGCAGCCAAUGGGAAGCUGCAUUAGCUUCCAAGCUUUCAGAUUACUCCACCAAGGUAGUUUCAUCUGGCCUGAAGUGGAAGAAACUCAACUUGAUGACCUACAAGUAUCACACCCUGGGAGACUACCCCAAUACAAUCCAAUAG